UUUCACAAGCUGCUUUCCCGUUUGUGUAAUUAUAACACUUCUUAUAUUCUACGCCAAGGCUUUCGUGCCAAACAAGACAAAGCAAAAAAUGUGAUUUCUUUGUAGACAAUUUUGCUAGUACUAUAAUACUUUCAUACUUUUAAUCGCAAAGAACGUAAUUAAUUUUUAUAAAAACCUGAGAUGACUUGAAAGUACCACGAAGCAAUUUUAUUGAUUGGGGUCCAAAAAGUGUUGUGAUGCACUAGAGUUACCUAUUUACUGCAUCUAAUUAGUUUUCGACCUUCGGCUAAAAAAUACCAUCUUUGUGUUUUACCACAGUCGGCGAGAGUAUUCUGAAGUAUAAACACGACAAAUAAUAACGUGCGUUUUAAUUUACAGGAAGCAGUUAUAAAAGGCACCCGUAUAGAACAUGCAUGUCUUAGCAAUCGCAACUAUUUUACUUGCAAUGGAAGCAAAUGCAAUACCAUUGGCAAAAUCAGACGAUGAUGGAUUUAAAUUUCCAAUCACGUUUGAAAAUGGUAGAAUAGGCGUAAACUUCUUAGGAUUUCACGCUUCGGCUGGUUUAGGAGGUCUUUUAACGGGAAAUAGCGCAGACGGAGGCUUACACGCGGAAGCUGGAACUCCGUUUGGACAAAGAGCUUGGGCUGGAUUAGGAGGAGAUAUAAAUGGAGCAGGUAGAUCAGGAGGAGGCCUAUAUGCAGGAGCUACUGCAUUACAAGGACUCGGUGCUGUAGCGGGUUUAGAUGGAAACGCUGGUCCUGAGGGUUACAAUGGUAGAUUGUAUUCCGGAACUUCUAGAAGAGGGUUAAGAAUAAAGCAACGGGUAAUUGGACAAGGGCUUCUUCCACCAGAUGUACAAACUGAUGUACAGGAAGAAAAUAAAUUUCCAGAGAAUCAAGUCCCAGGAGCUACUGCAUUACAAGGACCCGGUGCUGUAGCGGGUUUAAAUGGAAACGCUGGUCCUGAGGGUUACAAUGGUAGAUUGUAUUCGGGAACUUCUAGAAGAGGGUUAAGAAAAAGGCAAAGGUUAAUUGGACAAGGUCUACUUCCACCAGAUGUGCAAACUUAUAUGAGGGAAGAAAAUAAAUUUCCAGAGAAUCAAGUCCCAGAUACCUACAUCAUGAAAGUAAAGAAAACUAACGAGAAUAAACAUUCCUCCAAAAAGAACAAAGGAAAGGAAACAAGGAUCGAAAUUGUCGAAGUUGAUGAUGGUAAGAUUCCUAAACCAGAAUCAAAUAAAGGAAGUGAUAAAAUACCUGAAGCAAAAAACACCGAGGAAAAAACUAAUCUUCCGGUAUACGACUUGGACCUCAGAUCCCUUUAAGAAUGGAUAGCGAAGGUGAAAAAACAACAAUCUAGGUUAGGUAGCCCGUUGAGCAAUGGAACCAAGUAUUGAUAUGUUAUUUUUUAAUAAUUUUCAACAGCUGGAAAAAAGGUGGAGAAAUAAAUAAAU